AUGCAGCUGUUACGUUACGUCAGGGUCUUGACUUGGACAGGAUAGCACACGGGGGAGGUUUGUUGAUGAACAACAGUCUUGUCAUAUGCGACAAUGUGUGGAUGACACCUCUUUAAAAGGGACGAGCUUAUGCCUUGUGCGAAUAUGUGGUAUAUCAUGAUAGUCUGCUUCUGUGACACACCGUCAAUACCUCAAUGAUGUACUGGACGACCCUCAACCGCCUUGCCGUAUUGGUGGCUUUGCUGCUGCAUGGAUCUCUCCUCAUCUACGCGGCAGCCGACACCGGCGUAAAGUCCAUCUUCCUCUUCAAGGAUGUGCUGCAGUCAAACACGACGGCUCUCAAGACGGCCGGCUUCGAUAGUCUAGUCAUCUUCCGGAUCGGCGUCCUGGACAACGGCGACCUGGUUUACUACUCGACCGGGGACGCCGGGGAGGCAGUCGACGCCCCUGUCGUGACAAACGGCGCGUACGUCGGCGGGGCGGCGCUGGCGGACAAAAUCAGAUCUUUCAAGACGGGCACGACCAACAUCGACAGGGUGGAGGUCUCGCUGGUCUCGCACGACACGACGUUCCAGAACAUCCGCGACCUGAUCAACGCUGACGGGCCGGGCCCGGACACCGUAUUGUACAAGAACUUUGAGACCCUCAAGACGGAGUGGCACCUCGACGCCUUCAACAACGACGACGAAGGCGUCUACGACGUGUCGAGCACGGUCGAGUUCGCCCAGCUGCUGGGCGCCAUCGGCUACCGGUAUUCCAUCGCGCCGUACACCAACAGCGCCUUCUGGACCACCAUCAAGCGCGAAAUCGACGCCGCGGCCCCGGGCCUGUUCGACCGCGUGUACCUGCAGGUCUACGACGGCGGCGCCGGCAACGACCCGGGGUCGUGGCAGACCGCCCUCGGGACCAAAGCCAUCCCCCUUCUGUGGGUGAUCAACGACGCGAAGCCGUCGCAGGGCGUCACGGCGGCGCAGGCCCAGCAAAGGUUCCGCAGCUGGUCCUCGCAGUACGCCGUGGCCGGGGGUGGGUACUGGAACGACUACGACAUCGAGAAGAUGGGCUCGUCCUACGCGGACUAUGCCGCCGCACUCGCGAGUGUUUUCCAAUGAGAUAUCAGCCAACGGGCCAACGAGAUCACCGGGCUCACCGGAAAGAUCUCUAAUGGAUGUCUUUUUUUCCCCCUUUUCUUUUCUUUUCUUAGUCGCGGUAAGCCGGGGUAUUUUGUAGCAAAAUAUGCAAGAAAGACUUCUGGA